AUGGAUGAGCUUUCGCCGAUGCAGAGAAUGCUGCCCACGUUCCUGAAGGACAGGUUGGAGGAGGUUACUGCAUCUGUGCUGCAGGAAUUUCAGCAUAUCUUCCGGUCUGUGCCACCUGAUUCGACUUACAGCUUGGAGCAGAUGGAGGCUUACCUGGAGUGGCGCAGGAGGCUGGAUGCAGCCUUUGGAGAAGCUGGGCUUAGUGAUGCCGAGCUGGCAGAGGCGUUGAGUAAACUGGCCAUGUGCACGGAUGACAAACACAAAGGCAGAGCAGAACACUUUGCCCAGCAACUGCUUGAGCGUGGCGACUUUGAGCACUUUGCCGCAUUUAUGCAGGAUGACUCACACUGGAAGCAACAGCUUCGGCAUGUACGAUUGUUCUGGGAUCUUGAGAAUAUCGGGCUAGAUGAGAUGCAAACGGACGCCUCGAAAUUGGUUCGGGAUCUUAUGGACUUUCUUCAAGCCAGCGGCUACGCGCGCCGCACCAUUCGCAUAGAGAUGUAUGCGUUUCUUCCCGUCACUCGCUUUGGCAAGUCCCCUUCUGGACAUUGGAUCAGCCCUGAAGCCAUGGCAAUUCUGAUAAACCAGCUUUGCAACGCCAGGGUCCGGGUGAUUUUGAGCAAAGCCAAGAAGGAGAGCGCAGACCACGAGCUCAAGUCCAUGAUUCAGACCUGCCGAAAUGAGUUUGAAGACCACAGCCUGAGUACUGGCCGUUGUGCCUUUGUCAUUCUCAGCUCCGACCAGGAUUUUAACCCCACGCAGAAGGAGCUCUUCGAAGCUGGCUACAGGACAGUUGUCGUUCAUGAGGCAGUUGCCGAUGGGCAUCAACAAAUGCUCACUGCCCAUGCGGUGGAGAGCUUCCGUUGGACAGAGGUCACGCGUGUGCCGAAGCGGCAAAGUGUUUGCAAAGAGUUUCUGGAGCGCGGAGAAUGCCCGCGAAGCGGCGCGUGCAAGCUUGAGCAUUAUAGCCGUGCGUGA